AUGUGGAUUCAGCAAGAUCAUAAUAUUACAUAUCCCCUUACCAUUGCAUAUCCAAACAUCUCAUUAGUUGCUAAUCCCAAUCCAUCAAUUGACCACAUUUCAGUAUGUGCGUCUUGCAAAACUAAUCCAAACCAUAAUUAUUCACCUUAUCUUUGUCAGAUUCCACCCGAAAUUACUUCUGUGCCAUUAGAAAAACACAAAUAUUUGUUGCCAAUCUUCCUUCAUUAUUCUUUAGGGUGUACACUCGGAGCCAAUCCCUUUUCUGAAUAUAGGACAUUAGUUGGUACUGUCAAUUAUUCUCAAAACUUUCAUUUCUUGAAUCUUUAUUCAGGAAUUCUGGGUGCUUACCUAGCCGCACCUGCAUCUGAUCACUCUGUACUUCCCUCUUGGCUCGAUAAUUCUAUAUUAAUUGUUCCUCACCAAAAUUUUCCUGCUGAAAUACACAAUAAAGAUGCCCAUUACAGUCAUUUAAUGGCUAGAUUUAUAUCAAAUUCUGAUACUACCCAAAUUCCAAUUGCUCUUAAUGAUCCCAAUCUUGAACCAUUGCUUUUUCCAGACCUGUAUCCAAAUGGUCAUGAUCACUAUCAUGAAAUGAGAAACCAGUUAGAAAACAUACAACGACGACAUGAUACAUUUGGAAAAUAUAUCAAACAUCGUUUACUUUCCAAAGACUCUUAA